AUGGAAGAGAAGUUGUCUUAUAUUGGCGCUGCGCAAUGUUUGGCCAGAACUCCGUCUGCAUCUCUUAGGAAUGACAAUGCGUCUAUUCACGAUGAGCUUGCACUUCUACAUGGCAAAUUUGGAAACUACUCUCAUAAUGCUGCUCCGUUUCUGCCAUGGCAUCGGUACUUCAUUUAUGUCUAUGAACAGGCGUUGCGAGAAAACUGUGGCUAUCAGGGCUCGUUACCCUAUUGGGACUGGACCCUCGACUACCAAGAUCUUUCCAGAGCCCCUGUCUGGAAUCUAAUCGACGGAUUCGGACCCAGCCGAGAUGAAUAUGGCUCCGAAGGUGUUGCUGGCGGACAUUGCGUGGUUUCUGGCCCUUUUGCAGGACUGAUGCCGACCUUUUUCGAGGGUGUCCGUGAUCCCCAUUGCCUAUCUAGGGGCAUCUUAGACAAAGAGACGGUCAGGAGAGUCGGAAAUCUAACCGUACGGCCAACCGUGCUAGCUCGUCUCGCCAAUACCAACGGAAGCUACUUCGACUUCCUCAUUGAGCUAGAACACACGUCGCACUUAGUGAUUCCAUAUAUUCUCCAGGGUGACUUUUCGAAAAUCACCGCGCCUAAUGAGCCUCGUCAAAGUGAAUAUAAUGGGCCAUCGAGAAACGACUCCUCCGUGGAGGGUGUGCUAAGAGAUUUCCUUGAUUCUGGGGACUUUCUUCCGAUGUGGCCACGUGUUGAAGAUGUCAUGGACACUGAGGGUGGAUUGCUAUGCUAUCAGUACGAUACAACUGUAUGGGAAGAGUCGUGGGUAACUAUUUGA